AUGCACUCAAAGUACUCCUACCUGUCCUGCGGCUACCAAAGCGGCCAAGAUAGCAUCACUGAGCAAAUCCGGGAUCAACUGGCUGGGCAGACCUACACCUUCGCAUAUCCGGCAAGCAGCCGCCCAUGGCACUACGAGCAGGAUGGAGAGUGGACAGGAUCCGUCGCCAGCUUCUUCAAGAAGGUGGCGAACUCCGCGCAAUUUCAGACCACCCGCGUACCUGUCUCUGACGCCUCCCUCAGCUUGUUUGCCUCCCCCUGGGAUGCAUGCGUGCACGAUGUGCAAAUGCAGCUCAUUGAUUUCUGCAUCUCCGUGAUCAUGGAGACGGAUACGCGGCGACAGAUGGCCACUUUUUCGAGCCCGAUCAUGGCAGGAAACAUGAAACUGAUGGUCCGCAAGCAGGUCUACGACAACCGCUGGGACCCGAGCUUAGGCUUCAAGUCCGUGUGGUUCAGCUGGCUUCAGCCCUUCUCGCCCUUCCUGUGGCUGCUUGUGGGGCUGCUGGUCAUUGCUGCCGGCAUUGCCUUCUAUUGGGCCGAGGAGGCGUCAGAGACCGGCUGUUGCGCAGAAGGUCCCUGGAACUCCGUGAAGACCGGGGUCUCUCAAGGCACUCUUUCUUUCUUUGCCGGUGGCGACCUUGGCGACACCAAGACGCGCGCGGGCAUGUGGAUCCGGGUUGGGUUCGCAGUCUUCAGCAUGGUGAUGUUGGCAUCUUACACGGCCAACCUGGCAACGAUGCUCGUGAUCGAUGCCCAGCAGUCCUCGGGAAUUUCCAGCAUCCAGGACUGUGACCCUCCAUCGGAUCUUUGCCAGAAAGUCUGCGUCAUCGCACAGCAGCUGAACUUGGUCCGAGCGCAGCAUCCUACUAUGGAAGUCGUCGUCUUCCAGAACUCUGGCGAUCUCGCAGGGGGUCUUGUGAACGGCGACUGCCAAGCAGCCAUCGUCCCUGAGCACGACGUCCGCGCCCGCUCCGACUACCAGGAGACGAUGUGCGAGAAUGGCUUCCACCUGGUUGGCGAAGCUGUGUUCACCGUCUAUGUGGGCUUUGCCGCCAGAUCUGACCUGAUCAACGCGCUGAGCUACCACACCCUGCAGCUGGUCUACCAGGGGGAGUUCCUUGCCAGCUAUGAUCAGUUCCGCUACAAACAGAUCGACACGUGCUUGGAAGACUCGACCUCUGGGGAGGAAGAGGAGGUUCAGCUCACUGCUGUGGACAUGGCUGGCGUUUGUAUCGUCUUCUCUUCCUUCCUCUUCCUGGGCGUCGUCGCGCGAUUCCUGAAGCUUGGACGGUUUAGUUUGUUUGGCCAUUGGGUUGUGGGAACGUGA